CGUUGGGAUUGAGAUACGGAAGCCGCGAGCGACUUGUCCCCGCUCUCUACCAGGCUAGCCGCCUCUUCUCCCUGGAACGUGCGUGCAAGUGCGCAUACGUUAAAAUCGGUUCGCGCAUUCAGCAUUCUAUUAAAAAUAGGCAGUUGAGGUGUCCCAACGGUUCUUCCGUUGGAAUUGGAGAGGGCGCGAGAGACAGGCAGGCAGGCAGGCAGGCGCGGAGGUUGUGACAGAUCUUGUAUUUCUAGGGGCAAAGUUAACCGUGGAAGGAGGAAAGGCUGCCCUCUGUUUCCUGCCCUGCUUUGCCCGUUAGCGACCUUCCCUGAAGGGAAGCGGCUGGCUCAAUGGCGCCGCUGCCGAUGAACGACGCCUCGGUCUUCAUCCCGCGGGGACAUGACGUGACACUAGGCGUAGACAACGCUGCCUCCGAAGAAAUGAAGGAUUUCAGUUACGGCACAUUCCACAUCUUGCGCCCUAACCGGCCGAUCACGCUGCUGCUGGUCUUCCUGAGCUGCGCCGUGGGAGCACUGCUGCGAACUGUUUUAAAAGAAACAAAAGUUCCUAUUCUUGUGGUUAUAUUCUUCAUUGGACUUGUCAUUGGAAUAGUAGCCCAUUUUACACAUCAGUUACCUUUUGUGAAGCACAUUGCAGAAAUAGAUCCUGUACUUUUUCUUCAUUUGUUUACACCAGUAAUAAUAUUUACAGCUUCAUUUGAGAUGGACUUCUAUAUAUUUCGAAAAUCAUUUUGGCAGGUGUUAGUUCUCGCAGUUCCUGGAUUUCUAAUGAAUUGUGGUUUCCUUGGAUGGUUAACCUUUAAAAUAAAUAAGUAUAACUGGUCUUGGGAUGAUAGCAUGUUGUUCGGAAUAAUUCUUAGUACAACAGACCCUAUCCUCUCUGUGGCUGCUGUAAAAAACAUUGGCCUUUCAAAAAUAGUUACCAACUUAAUUAAAGGCGAGUCUUUGUUUAAUGAUGCUACCACAGUAAUUAUUUUUGAGUUAUACAGGGACCUUGUACAUCAGAGUCAUCAAGAAGUGGUUAAAGAGAUUUUUGUACAAUUGAUUUUGAAAUUUUUUGCAAGUAUUGCGUUUGGAUUUUUGAGUUCAAAAUUAGUUAGUUAUUGGCUGGCACAUAUUUUCAAUGAUGGAAUUAUAGAAGUAAUUUUAAGCUUCUCCAUGGCAUAUGUAAUUUUCUUCUUGGCUGAAUGGUUUGGAAUGUCUGGCGUUAUUUCUCUUUGUAUGUUGGGUCUUCUUCUGGAUUCUGUAAGUUUUAGUCCAGGAAUGGAUGCGUUUCUUUAUAAGUUCUGGGCAAUGUUGACAUUUUUGGCUCAUAUUAUGAUCUACCUUAUAAUGGGAAUUGUGAUUGCCCAAAAAACUUUUCCAUAUAUCAAUACACGUGGGUUUUUUUCUGUUAUAACAGUAUACCUUUCAUUGAAUCUUGUACGAGCAUUAGUAAUUUUAACAUUGAGCCCUUUUUUGAGUCGUCUUGGCUAUGGAUUUAAUUGGCGUUGGGGUGCUGUUCUUGUCUGGAGUGGAAUGAGAGGUACUUUCACUUUGAACAUGGCUCUGGCACUUAGCCAGACACCAAGUAUAACGGCAGCUGACCUUCAGGUUAAGACCAUGAUAUUACUACAUUGUGGAACAGCAUCUUUGUUAACCUUAAUAAUUAAUUCUACCACUGUGAAAAAGCUUGUUGUGACAUUAGGCCUUUGUAAUAUUACUCUUCCAAAGCGCAUGGCAAUGCAUAAUGCUGUUCAGCGUAUCAGACAAAUGGAGGCCAAUGCCUUUUCAAUGUUGAAGCUUGACAGAUUUUUGGCUGAUGCAAAUUGGACAAUGGCUGAAGAUUCAAUGACAAUUGAGUAUCCUUAUAAAUUAGAUACUGAAGAAAUACGUCAAUUGUCCAAAACGCUUAAAUGUCCAGACUGUGAUGCUGAUAUUGCAUUUGAAAGGAGCCCUCAACAAAUUGCUGACAUAAUGGAAGAAGCUAGAUUGCGCCUCUUAACUGCACAAAUAGCAAGUUAUCAGAAGCAAUAUAACAGUGGAAUGUUAAACCAAGAGGCUGCUCAAACAUUAAUUGGUGCAGCAGAAAGCUAUGUUGAUAUUGAAGGAAAGUUUAUGAAUAUUCAUGAAGUAAAGACAUAUUGGGAAAGCAAAGGAAUGCUGGUGACGAUGAAGAAAUGGCUGUCUGAUUGGGUUUACAAUGUGAAAGAUGAAACAACAAAGGCACCAAAAAACAAGUUUUUGAGGCUGUGUCACCAAAUAGUGUUUAUGGAAGAGUUUGAAUAUAUAAGUACCAUGAUAACAUAUUUGAACAGUGUACCUAUUAUUCUUAACUUUAUAACGAGUGUGAAUGCAGAAUAUCUCCCACAACUAAAAAUGUGCAACUACUACUUUCUGUGCCUAUACAUAGGAGAAGCUGCCCUGAAGGCUUUAGCAAUGGGGAGGACUUAUAUCUAUUACCAUUGGAAUCAGUUUGAUCUUAUAGUAAUAGUAGUUGGAAUUAUAGAUGUCAUGAUUAUUAAUCUUUUUAAAAAUAUGACACCAUCAUACCCUAUGAUAAAUACAAUCCGGAUAUUUCGAUUUGGUCGCCUUCUAAGAGUUUUCCGUCUCUUUAAGCUUACGCUACCCACAUUGAUUUUUGUAUUGGAUAAACAAAUAAACAAACAGCUCACCUUCCGGUAUGAUAUUGCCAAAGGAUAUGUUCAAGGUGAAGAAGAUAUUAAACGUUUAAUUGAACAGAUUUCUGGCCAUGAGAAGGUUUACAUAGAAAUAACCAAAAUAUUGGAAAAAAACAAACAAGAGGCUAUGAAGGAGUUGGGGCUAAUGCAACGUGAUUACCCCGAAAUAGUUACUGCUGUGAAAACCAGACAAGCAGUACAAACAGUGCUGAACACAGCUUCAGAAACCCUUAAGUUUAUGAUAUCAGGAGGUAUUGUUGAUAGAAAUGAAGGAGCUGAACUGCAUAAGGUGAUUCUAGUAAAGAAAAAACAUCUUGCAAAACUCCCACCUACAAUUGCACCACCUACUGCACAGCAACUUCUGCAUAAUGUUAUGUGGCUACAGGAUAACAAAAACCAGAUUGAGUUUAUUCAGAAAAAAGCAAAAAUUCUUUAUUAUGACUAUGGAGAUAUCAUUUGUGAGGAAGGUGAAUUACCCCAAGGAAUCCAUUUAAUUGUUUCAGGAAUGAUUAAGCUUUCUGGGUCUUCUGCUCCUCGUUAUGGAGUUGAUAAAGAUGUUAUGAAAGAAGGUGCUAAAAAAACAACCCAUGGACACACAGCUGCGUCUUCCUAUACAGACUACAUGGUCACUGGUGCUAUAAUAGGAGAGCUGAACUGCCUAACUAAGCAAGAAAUGGAAUAUGCGGUUUCUUGUGAAACUGCUGUGCAGACAUGCUUUAUCUCUAUAGAUGAUUUGCUAGAAGCUUUUGAUAGGUUUUUAGAACCACCCUCCUUAGAAUAUAAAAUAUGGCUGAAAAUUGCUCUUGAUAUUGCUCUCAAAACCUAUAAAGAAAAUCUUCCUAACCAGGACUGGUCAUACAAAUUGUGUGCACAGUAUUCUAACAUGUACGUUGUAGAUGUACUAAACCACACUAAAUGUGACAUUUAUGAUGAGGCUAUGGAUGAUGUCAUUCUUGUACAUGGAACAGUACAAGAUUGUCAAUUGGGGCAACGUUACUGUGCACCAUGUAUUUUACCUAAAACCUGUCACCAGGUACAAGGUACUUCACCAGCCACUAAAUUGUUAAUUAUACGAAGUAUAGAGGGUGGAGCACGUAAGAGCACUGGAACAUGCUUUAAUGUUUGUCAGCAUCAUGCAGAUCGGAGAUGUGCCACAUUGGGACAACUUUUUUCAAUGGAAUCAAGAAAUCGUAGUUCAGUAGCCAACGAUUUAGAUUACACAUAUAUGAGUUCACAAAGCCACAGUGUGAGAAAAAAUAAAGAAUGAAGGUGUUCCAGUUCCAUAAAGCUGGAUGAGAGGGGAAUUAAGACAUAACCAUUGAUAACAGCUCUCUAAUGGAGUUGAUUGUUUUUUAAUUUUAAUUUUUUUAUCGUCUUGUAAAUUUUAAGAUUUUACACUUUUAGAAUAUUUUUAUUAGAAACAACUAUUUGUAAAAUAGCACUUAAAUUGUUUUAAUUUAGUUUUCAAAUAUUUAGUGUUAUUUUAGCUGUCAUAACGAAUACAAUAAAUUUUUAACUAAUUUGA